CAGAGCGAAGGAGACACAGAACUACGAGGAGAAGAGAGCAGCUAAAACAGAGUGUAAUCCAGUGAAUGAACCCAGUGAUGCUGAACACUCAAAGAAUGAUGACAGCACAACGAAAGGAGGAGAAUCUGUAAUCAAGCCUGUACGAUCGGCAGAUCCUGGGACAGGUACCUUAAAUAUGGAUAAGAGUGGAAACAAGGAUGAGCAGUCAGUGAAGACUUCUGAAGAGAUCAACAGGAAGGAACAAUAUCAAAGAGAAACCAAAACACUGCUUGGCAGACUUCACCUUCAAGACAAACAUCAACAGAAGUUGUCACCAGCAGAUUUUCUUAAAGUAGGUCCACCUGUGAAACAGGACCAUGAAACAUCUGAGAAAGAACUCGCUCAUACUUUACUUCAGAGGUUGAUGAUGUUAGACUACAGAGCCAGAUAUAUUCCUGUAAGACAGGAUAGUGAUGAGGUGACCCAUUCAAAGUCUGUUGUAAAGUUUGACACUGUUGACACAGACGAUGAUGACUUAAGUGAUUUUUAUAGCACCACUGCAGACUUUGAUCAAUCAAAACAGACUCAUGUGCAUCCAAUGGAUGUUCAGAUGGCAGUAUUUCACUGCUCAGACAGCUUUUUGAAGCAGAACAUGAUUACAAAGCUAUCACAAUGUCAGUAUGCCUUACCUUUGCUUGUUCCUGACCCAGUCACAAUGGAUAUUGAAUGUCCUCUGUGGACUUUCAGACAAAUAAGAAAAGCAUGGAAGGUAACUGAAAUCAAAGAUAAUUCAAACAUUGUCACCAUGAAGAGCAUGCCCAUCUGCAAAGCUGAGACACCCAUGGUGUCAUUUCUCCGCCUGGGUUCACUAUCUCUGUCUAAGUCACAGCUGAUUAACGCUUUGAUCAAUGACCGUCACAGCACCUUCUUCCACAGAAACUGCCCAGGUAGCACCAAGUCUCGCCAUCUGAUGGAUGGUGUGGCAGAGAUUGCCUGGUACUGCCCUGCUGGAAAACCCAAUGAUACCUUCACUGACUGCAUUGCCUUCUGUAAUCUUCAUGGUGAUGCUCUGUCAAUUGAAAAACAGCGUGACAUACUGACUGACAAAUCUUCAAUCAAUGUGGUUCUUGUAACAACUCUGGGAAAAGGUCACAAAACUUCUGCAGUUAUGUCAGUCCUUCUCAAGUCUCCAAAGCCUCUCAUAUGUCUCACUGCUGAUAAUGAAUGUGGUGCAGUUGAGAAAAAAAAGGGAAAAUACAUAAUGGGUCUUCGAGACAGAAAUCACUCAGAUGUUUCCAAAGAACUGAAAAGAAUCAUUGGAAAAAUUUUGUCUGGACCACAUGCAUCCUUCCAGCUUGAAAUCAUGGCUGAAGUCUCUGGAAUCAGAGUAGAUGAAGAUGACAAAGUCUGCCAAAAGGGAAAAUCUGCUGCAAUUAAAAUUGUGAAAUUGCUUCAGGGGAUGGAUGUGUCAAAGAUCAAAGAUACAUUUCUCCCUUGUCAAGGCCAACUGUGGCACAAGUGGUGCAGAAUAAACAAAGAACUGUAUCACCUCGAAGGACACAUUGAGAAGGAGAAAUGUAAAAAGCAAAAGGAACUGAUGCAGAUACGACAAGAUCAAUGCACUGCUUCCUGUAGUGAAGUAAUGAAGUUGUUCACUGAAACCCUCUCGUCAUUGCCAUCAACAGAUAGAGAGUAUUUCCUGAAGUGGACUCAGAUUUUGAUUGAUGCCCUCUCCACAGAUGAUCUGUCUUUAAUUUUACAGAGCUAUGGUGAAAAGUGGUCUGAGGUCUUGGCUUUGAAAAAGAAGCAUGACAAAUCUGAUCAGUUAAAAAGCAAGCAAACUGAGCUUGAACAAAUAUCAACAAAACUACAGUCUGCCACUUUUGGCUUGGAGCACAUCUUUAGAGAAAUGGGACAGAUCUAUGAAGCCAAUGCAUCUCUGCAGAAACAAACAAAAAAGAGAAAAACUGACUGGUCUAAAUACCCUGAGCUGGCUGCAGAGCUGAUGAUAUCAGGACACCCAAUGGAGCUGAUGGAUGGUGAUGCAGGUCAUGUGCCUUCAACGUGGAUCUCUAGUCUUUUAGAUGAGGUCAUCAAGAAACUGGGCGACAAGAGAGUUUUUGUUUUGUCAGUGCUGGGUGUACAAAGCAGUGGAAAAUCAACAACGCUGAAUGCCAUGUUUGGGUUACAGUUUGCAGUGAGUGCUGGCAGGUGCACCAAGGGUGCCUUCAUGCAGCUGGUCAAAGUUUCAGAUGAGAUCAAGAAAGACUUUCACUUUGACUACAUUCUAGUGGUGGACACUGAAGGACUGCGCGCUCUUGAGUUGGAGGGUAACGCCACUCUUCACCACGACAAUGAACUGGCAACAUUUGUUGUUGGUCUGGGAAACAUGACACUGAUCAACAUCUUUGGAGAGAAUCCAGCUGAGAUUCAAGAUGUUCUGCAGAUUGUUGUUCAGGCUUUCAUGAGGAUGAAGAAAGUUCAACUUACUCCAAGUUGUGUGUUUGUUCACCAGAAUGUUACAGAUAUUACAGCUGCAGAGAAAAACAUGGACGGAAAGAGACGGCUGCAAGAAAAACUGGACAAGAUGGCCCAACUAGCAGCCAAAGAGGAGGUUUGUAAUGCUGAGUGCUUCAGUGAUGUCAUAGCAUUCGAUGUGCAGAAAGACGUGAAAUACUUUGCCCAACUAUGGGAGGGAAGUCCACCUAUGGCUCCCCCAAAUCCAGGUUACAGUGAGAGCGUCCAAGAGCUGAAGACCAUCAUCCUCUCUAAAGCUUUACAGUCAGCUGAAAUUUUUCUCUCACAGUUCAAAAGCAAAAUUCAGGACCUGUGGAAUGCCCUGUUGAAUGAAAACUUUGUUUUCAGUUUCAAAAACACACUUGAGAUUGCAGUUUACAGAAAACUUGAGGAGCAGUAUAUGAACUGGACCUGGGCCCUUAGGGAAAACAUGUUGAACAUUGAGAAUAGGUUACAUACCAGAAUUGAAAAUGGAAAACUUGACAAGGUUGAGCUCAGCUAUCUUAAUAAGGAAAUUAAUAAAACAUAUGAAGAAAUCAAAAAAGCAGUGACAACAUACUUUGAGGAUGACAUCAACAAAGAGAUACUGGUUCAGUGGCGAGGACGAUUUGAAAGCAAAAUCAAGGAGUUUCAUGACGACCAAGUGAGAGGAGUCAAAAGAAAACUGGAUGAAGUCAUUGAGCAGAAAAAUGCUUGUAAAAAGCUUGAUGAUAAGAAGACAGAGUUUGAGAACAAACUGCUACAAAAGAGCAAAGAGCUCGCUCAUCAGUUAAAGGACAAGGCAAAAGAUGAAGAGGAACUUAAAAAACAGUUCAACUCUGUUUGGAGUGGUUGGGUUAGUGAACUAAUUGCAGGCACAAAACCUAUUGAGGACAUUAACUAUGAAGAAGAUCAGGCAACUAUCCUUCAGGAGCUUGGUUUUGAAUGGUCUCUUAUAGCUGAAUGUGAAAGCAGUGGCAGCUACAAAAAAAUAUCAGAGGUUGGUGAUUACACUUGCUAUGUAGCUCUCAGCAAGGACCGAGACCUGUGUAACACAGGCCAACAAUCCCAAGAUGAGGAGGGGCAAGGAAGAAUUAAGAAUUUAGAAAAAACAUUCAUACAAUCAACAGCAGAACAAAACAAAGAACAUACAUCAAGGAGAUCUUUAGCAUUUGAAGAACAGCAACUUAUCAGAUCCUUCAUUGACAGCAUUGAAAAGCAGUCCCUUGAUGCAAUCAAGAGCAAACCUGUCGCUAGAAGAGGCUACAGAUCAAUUUAAUUGCAAGAAGUGGCCAAAAAUGUCAAAGAAAAAGUGAAAGAGUUUGAAUCAAACAGCAGAUACGCCGUGAAGAAGGAGCUCACAGUUAAUAUUUUACUGUAUGUGUUUGACAAAGCAGAGAGAUGGCUUUCAGAGUCCCAUAAAAAAUUCAAAAUGAACAACGAUGAAGUCACUUGUGUAGAAAGCAAGAAAAAGCAAUAUUAUAACAUUUUCAGAAGCUUCUGCAGAGGAAGCUCAUCUGCUGUUGUGUUUGGAGAACUGAUCUGUGAAAAACUGAAGAGUUCCACCGUUGAAGCCGUCUGUAACAAGACUGCCAUUGAUCUUGCUGGAGAGAUGAAGUGCAGUUUCCCAGCAUUCAGUGGGAACAGGUUGAACUUGGAGAAACACUUGCUGAAGUCACUGGCUGAGAAAGAGGACUUUGGUGGUUUUAUCACCUACAUCCGCCACCCAAGGAACCAAGCAGAGACUUUCAUAAGAGAGCAAGUACAGAAAUACAUCCUCACAGACAACAAAGAUAAAGCACGGAAUAUACUCAAGAAAAAUGUUGAAGACAUCAAUAAGCUUGUGAGUCAUGCUUUAUUUGCUGCAACAGAGAAAGUCAAAACCCAGAGAGGAGACUCAGACAUGUGGGUAAAGGAAUUUUCCAGUUUGCUAAAAGAUGAGCUGACAUUUGACGCAAUUUGUCAAAACUUCAGUGACAUUAACAAUUUUGACUUUCUUACAGAAGAGAUAGAGAAAGGCCUUGUAUCUGUCAUGAAGGAUGUGAGCAGCCUCUCACUGAAUAAGAUGGAGGAAUUCAGGAUGAAGCCUGAUCAAAUCCUCAUCGAUCAACUGUGUAACUGCUGCUGGGCAAAGUGUCCAUUCUGUGCAGCUGUUUGUACCAACACGCUAGAAAAUCACAGUCCUGACAAACAUAGUGUGCCUUUUCAUCGGCCCUCUGGGAUUGAAGGAUGGCAUAUUCGAGGCACAGUGGAACUGGUCAUCAACUUCUGCACAACAUUAGUUGCAAGUGAUCAAUGUUUCUACCCCCAUUAUGAUUCAAAUGACAUUUUUCCCUAUAAACAGUAUCAACGUGCUGGGGAGAAGUAUGCAACAUGGCAAAUUACUCCUGAUGAGUCAAAGCUGACAUACUGGAAAUGGUUUAUAUGUCGAUUUCAACAGCAACUGGAAGACCACUAUAAAUUAAAAUUCCAGGGCAGGGGAGAAAUUCCUCUUGAGUGGAGAUACCACAGUAAACAAGAUGCUGUUGAAAGUCUGGAUGAAAUGUACAAUCUGUGACUGAGCCAGAAACAACCAAUCUCUACUCAGUAUAACAGAAACUGUCUUUAACUGUUGAAAAGAAAUAGGAGUUUUUGAUUUGAUUGGAGGAGCACAACAGUAGCAAUAUUCAGGAUGAGGCCUUCCCCAAGAUGACUGAAAGAAACAGCACCUAUUUAUAAUGUGAUCAAUAUGUAUCUCAGUUUGUUUAGCAGGAUAACAUUAUUUAGUCAGGAUUCCUGAAAAUGCCAUGAAGCAAAGGCAAACACAACAAAUGUGUAAUUAUAAAUGGCAUGUUUGUUAGCCAUUAAAGGAUGACUGUAAAAAGAGACAGAUCAGAAUCAGUCAUAGGUUUUUAUGCCUCCGCAUGGGUAAAAGCUGUAGCUGGAGGGAUUAUGUUUUCAGGUUGUCCGUCUGUCCAUCCCUUUGUCCCAUUAUUGUGAAUGAGAUAUCUCAAGAACACCUUGAGGGAAUUUCUUCAAAUUUGCUUCAAAUGUCCACUUGGACGUAACAAUGAACUGACUAGAUUUUGGUGGUCAACGGUUCAGGUCAAAAUUACCUUGCGUCUGAAUCAUUCUUGUGUAUGCGGUAUCUUAAGAAGGCCUUAGGGGAAUUUCCUCAAAUCUGGCACAAACGUACACUUUGAUGGUAGGGAAUUUCUUUAAAUUUGGCAUAAACAAACACCGUGCCGCCAGGUUAGUAUACCAGCAUAUAUCAAUUUCUCACUAGUACUAGUAUUAUUUCCAUGUAUUUAUUCCAGAUAUUUAACAUUGUAGUAUUUUCAAAACAUCUGAUAAAUGGUGAAAAAUCAUACUGAUAUAAUUUCUAUACAGUCGAAUAACAUUAAAUAUAUGUUGUCUAAACAGUGAAAAUUUAACCUUUUUUUGUGGGGGGGGAUAAAAAUUGUAAAUGUAUUAUCUUAGCAUCCCGACCUUUACCAUGAAUGGACAAUUCAACUGUUUGGUUUAGCAUGGCUUUAGAAAAAAAAAAAAAAUCAGACUUACACAGUUAUUCUGCAUAAAUUGUUUAACAACAAUGAAGUACUUUUAUUUUGUAGUAAUUACUUAAUUUCAAUUACAUUAGCUUGGCAUCACUCCCUUUACUCUAAAAGGACAAAUGAACUGUUUGGUAGAGCAUGUUUAAAAAAGAAUAUUAUUAUUAUUAUUAUUAUUAUUAGACCUUUAUUUCUUGUAUAAAGUUACAUAAGUCUGUUCAGUAAGACCUCUGAAACUAGAACGUCAAAAAACCACAUGUCCACCUUUGACAAUCCUACCACACGGAGCCCCAGUGUCUGGAAUGAGUCUUUUGUUACUGACUUCCUGUAGGAGGUGAACUAAAAAGGCAGAAUAUUUAAAGACACAGUGACAUCUAGUGGACUUGUUUUGCAUGACAUACUUUAACCAAAUGGUAAAGAUAGGUUAAUGAGGUUGGGUGAACAUUUUUUAUUCAGAUAUAGUGACUCAAAAUGUGCUCUACCUAACAGUUUAGGUGAAAGUUAAAGGGUUAAAAAACAACAACUUCAAAUUUGGUACAAACAUCAACAAAUUUCAUGGUCAAAGUUCAAGAUCCAUGUGACCUCACUCACAACACAAAACAAGUUUUUGACAAUCACUCAAGAAUUCAUAUGAUAACUAUGACAAAAUCUACACAAAUCUCUAAUAGAACAAGAUGAUGAAGUGAUGAAAUUUUAUAUCAAAAAGGUCAAAGGUCAGCUUCACUGUGACAUCAUAAUGUUCUGCUGUAACACUUUUCUGGCCAUUAUCCAACAUCAUAAGUCAGAAACAAAAGGUUUGAUCAGUAUCUGGUCAGAUACUGAACUGGUGACACUAAUCUUGGGUGCCCAUCUUGAAACUGUGCUGAUUGUAUACAGUAGAUUUUCUGUGCUGCUGAGUUUAAGAUGUGUGUGAAGCAUCCAUGUUUUAGAAUAUGCAUCUUCUUUGCAGCAACAUUAGAAGCAUUGUCAACUGUCAGGGCUACAAAUGACUUUGGACAGACGUGGGUAUAAACUGUAACUGCAAACGGACAUGUUCAUACAACUAUAAGAUGACAAACCAAGUUGUUUAAUUAAAAAUAUGUUUGUUUUUA